CUCGCUUACAUUGCUUAAUGCUUAUAACAAAUCUUACUAUUAUAAYUUUAGUGACUGCCGACUGGUUGGUUAUAUUAAAAUUAAUAUAUGAAACAAAAAGCAAUAAUGUUACAAUCUUAAAGAAAACCACYCGAAGGCUGAAAUCUUGUUUCCAUUAUUAAUUUUCUAAGCUUUAGCUCAAAUGAUGGUUUUCGAAAUUAUUAAUUACWUUACUAAUACAAAUGCGAAUUAGCAAUUUAUGUAGUGGUGAUUUUAGUUAUGAUUGRCAUUCAUAUAAACAAAUUUAAACUGAAAAAAAUGAUUAUUCGAAAUAAAACUCUAAUUAAAUUAUUUUUUAUCUUAAUUUUUUGUACGAUUGUUCUUUAUGUGAGCAAAUAUAAUUUUAAUAAUAGAUACGAAUUUGUGCAAGGAAAAGACCUUUUAGAACAAGCAAUCCAAGCAGCUCAAUUGGGUGGCAUUCAAGUUGAAGCAAUCCACAAUGAACAUUUGAUUAACUCCCACUCAAAAGGAAAAACUGUUGAAGGUGCAAAUGAUCCAGUCACUAACGCUGAUUAUACAUCUCAUUGUGCUAUGUAUUAUCAGCUGAAAAAAAAUAUACCAAAUGUAAAAGUGAUAUCAGAGGAAGAAUUAUCUGAAAAAGAGUGCAAAAAGUUAAAAAUAAGAAAAUUAAGGGAUUUUGAUAACGAGCAUAUUAUAGCAAAUAUUGAUGAAGAAUUUGAGAGGAAAUAUAUAACCAUUUGGAUAGAUCCAUUAGAUGCAACACAAGAAUUUACUGAAAGUUUGACACAAUAUGUAACAACUAUGGUAUGUGUUGCAUAUAAAGGUAAACCUAUAAUGGGUGUUAUACAUGAACCGUUUUCUUCUAAAACAACUUGGGCUUGGCUCUCAAAAUCAAGAUCAACUAAUUUCAACAAUAUUAAAUAUCCAAGAGGUUGA